UUUCAGACUUCUCUCAAAACGUCUAUGGCGGCGAACCCAAAACCCCACCCUUUUUAACCGAUCCAAAAUUUUCACCUUGUCCGACUCCCAGAUCAAUUGAGAAUUUUAUGGGUUGUUGCUGAUUUGGCUGCCGAUUCAAGCUUUACAGCAAUGGCCUCGAAUCCGGAGAACGAACCUACGGCCUCGAGAGAGGUCGAGAAGCCACCGAUUGAGCCCAUACGGCUGCCCACGGUGGAGGAGAUGCGCGGCCAAGACAUUUGGAACAACUGCGCCGUACGCAGCGUUGUUAGCGGAGUUAUGGGUGGUGGGCUUGGGUUGAUGAUGGGUUUGCUUCUCGGAGCGUUAGACACCCCUUUAAUGCAAGACGAAAUGACUGGUAAACAGCAAUUCAUUUACCAAGCAAAGUCGAUGGGCCGGAGGAGUUGGAGUUCAGCAAAAGCAUUUGCAGUUAUGGGAUUUGUUUUCUCAGCUGCUGAGUGUGUUGUUGAAAAGGCACGAGCUAAACAUGACACAACAAAUACAGUUGUUGCUGGAUGUGUAACUGGUGGUGCACUCUCAGCCAAAGCUGGUCCACAAGCGGCCUGUGUUGGUUGUGCCGGCUUUGCUGCAUUUUCGGUGCUGAUAGAGAAGUUUUUGGAUAGACAUGAUUGAGUUUGAGCGCGUUGCCUAUGCUGCCCCAGUUUUGCAGACACUAAAAAUAUGACAAUUCAGUAGAAGAGCCCUGCGGUGAUACAAAUGCUUUCGCUUUAGGUUCAACUUCAGCCCUUGCUAUGAUAAUUUAUCCCAAAUUUAUUAAGGGAUGUUCUGACGAACAUACAAAUCUAAAUUUUUUGUAUUUUGUAUUAUCUUAUGAACGGCUGCUGGGUUUAUAACUCCAGUUGUAGACGGUUUUAUUUCAUGCCAGAAUCUACUCAGAAGUUUUAGAUAAGAA